UUACUGGCUGGCAUAGUACCGGUUGGACAGUUGGUCACCGGCAUGAGCGCACGUGAACACGAAAAUGCGGGUUCUCGGCGCCCGAGGACGAACGUGGGUCAACAAUGAAUGAUCGUCUCUCUGGGGUCGGUGUCCAGAAAUACUGCCAGCGACUCGUCGAUCACAGCUUGAUAUCCUUCUCACACGCAAAAGCACUCGAAGACUCGGUCAUCUCACCAUCCACGCCAGACUAUCCUCGUUGUCCGAUCUGCUCACAUCGUCUCGCUGCGUGCCCUGGUUGUUCUAGUGUCACCUGCGGUAACAGUUGGUGUACAGCUGCCAACCUCGUUAAAUGUCUGUCUUCAUGUCGUUCGUGCUUUUCAACCGUUGCGAUGAAGAAGUGCAACGAGCACGACUGUCAGUCUCGUGCACAUUUUAAUGGUGGUACAAUCUGUCCCGAUUGCGUCAGACCCUUGGACGGUCACAUAGUCUGCUCCUGCGGAGAGAUCUGGGUUUGUGGCGCGUGUGCCACUCAGAAGAAAAUUCUGAACAAAUGUGGACGCUGUCCAAAAUGUCAGAAUUUUUUUUGUUUCUUCAGGUGCAGAUACAUCGAUGCAUGCGCAGACUGCCACAAGCUGACGCUAUGCAACGACUGCGUGGAAGAAGACAUUUCUGACGUGGAAGGGAUUUCAACCGCAAAGAAGGGCACAUCCCUCGUGGCGACGUGCGAAGAAUGCCAGAGCAAAAUUUGCGCGGACUGCUUGGAGCGUGAAUCCUGUUGUGAAUCUUGUGAAAGUGUUCAUUGCCAGGAUUGCACGGACAAUGACGAGUGUUCAGAUUGUGGGGCUCUCAUCUGCCUGACCUGCCAGACGGAAGCUGGGUGUCAGCAGUGUGACUCCUGAGGUAUGUCGAUUUUCAAACGACGGAUUUUGGUUAUCAUUGACAUAUUACUCCAUUAAAAAGCUAGGAAUUAUGCACCACACAAUGAGGGCAACCGAUACCCAAAAACAAUAUCUUCUUCGAGGAACACGGGAAUGGAAAGGCAAAUGUAGGAGUCGUAGUCGACGGGAAGAGACUCUUGUUUGUA